CUUCCCUCCCCUGCCCGGUAGCAGGUCUGGGCACGGUUCGCGGGAGCAAGUUGGCGGCUCGUCCCCUUCCUCCCUCUCCCGGGGCCAGCGCGGCCAUGGCGGGUGCGGGCGGGCGGCCCCGCCGCUCCUAGAGCCGCUGCAGCCCGGGAGCCGCCGCCGCCGCCGCCGCCGGGAUGAGCGCUCUCGCCUUCGACGACGCGGCCCUGGAAGGGCUGACACCGUCCCUCGGCCUCUCCGGGGCCAGCGACAUCGACACGGCCCUGCUCAGCGACAUCGACGACAUGCUCCAGCUGAUCAACACACCAGACAAUGACUUCUCAGGGCUAUUUGACUUGCCGUUCGGUGCCCUCGACAGUGCUGUGCCCCCCGGGCCCCCCCCGGCUCCGGGCACCCUCAGCACCUUCCUGGGACCCAGCAAACCGCCCCCCGCCACCCCCACCGGCAGCGUCUACUCGGGUUCCCCUGGGAUGCCGCCCUUCGCCCCGCAGCCUGCAGUGCUGCCAACGCCGGCUCCGGGUGUGAAGGAGGAGGCGGCCGUGCCCAGCAGCCAGCCCCAGCCGGGGGUCCUGCUGGCCCCCAGCUUUGUCCCCGCGUCCCCCGGCCAGUUCAGCUCCCAGCCCUUGGUGGGCUACCAGAACCAGCACGGCUUCUCCGCCGUGCAGCCCGGAGGUGCGGGGCAGCCCCUGCCCAGCCCCCUGCCUGCCCCCCCGCAGCCAAGCCAGCCCGUGGCACUGCCGGCCCCCGUGCAGAGCGUGGCAUCCCAGCAGCUUCUGGCCCCCGCCACCUCCACCCCCCAGCCUGUCUCGCCCCAGAUCCAGCCAGUGCCGGUCCUGCUGCAGCCCCAUUUCAUCAAGGCUGACUCCCUGCUGCUGGCAGCCGUCAAGACAGAUGCUGGUAGUGCCAAGACUUCCAGCACCACCUCCCUGGCCACCAGCGUGAGCGGCUCGGCCACCACGCUGCAGGUGCCGGCUCUGGUGAGCGGAGGGACCAUCCUGGCCACAGUGCCAGUGGUGGUGGACACCGAGAAGCUGCCCAUCAACCGGCUGGCGCCCAGCGGGAAGCCCGUGCUCGUGCAGAGCAGGGGCGAGAAGCGAACAGCGCACAACGCCAUCGAGAAACGCUACCGCUCCUCCAUCAAUGACAAGAUCGUGGAGCUCAAAGACCUGGUGGUGGGCACUGAGGCCAAGCUCAACAAGUCAGCAGUCCUGAGGAAGGCGAUCGAGUACAUCCGCUUCCUGCAGCAGAGCAACCAGAAGCUGAAGCAAGAGAACCUUGCCCUGAAGAUGGCUGUGCAGAAGAACCAGUCCUUGAAGGACCUGGUGGCCUCCUGCAGUGGUGGGACCAAGGCGGAGACCCCCAUGGAGGUGGCAAAGGCAGAGGUGAUGGAGAUGCUGACACCGCCGCCGUCGGACGUGGGCUCGCCGUCCCACAGCAGCCCGCUCUCGCUCAGCGGGGGCAGCAGCAACAGCAGCAGCGACUCGGAGCCCGACAGUCCCCUCUGCGACCAUGGCAAGGUGAAGCAGGAGCACCCGCCACCCUCGCCCAGCAGUCAGGGCAUGCUGGACCGCUCCCGCAUGGCCCUCUGUGCCUUUGUCUUCCUCUGCCUCUCCUUCAACCCCCUGGCCUCCCUCCUCCGGGGCUCCGGUGCCUCAGCUCCUGUGGGGAGCCCGGGCACCGUUGGUGCCAGCAGGAGCAUCAUGGCUGAAUCUGGCACCGUGGAGGAGCCGUGGGGGUGGUCGCAGUGGCUGUGGCCCACACUGGCCUUCUGGGCGCUGAACGUGGCGCUGGUGCUGGGGGCGGUGGUGCGGCUCUUCGUCUUUGGGGAGCCCGUCACACGGCCCCACUCCGAGGCCUCCGUCCUCUUCUGGCGCCACCGCCGGCAGGCAGACCUGGACCUGGACCGGGGGGACUUUGCGCAGGGGGCUCAGCACCUGCGGACGGCACUGGCGGCACUGGGGCGGCCGUUACCCGCGUCCCACGGGGACCUGACCUGCAGCCUGCUCUGGACGCUGCUGCGCCACCUGCUCCAGCGCCUCUGGGUGGGCCGCUGGCUGGCCGCCCGCGCUGGGGGGCUGCGCCGCGACCCCCCGCCCGCUGACCACGUCCGGCAGAGCGCCCGCGAUGCCGCCAUGGCGUACCACCGCCUGCACCAGCUGCACCUCACCGGGAAGCAGGCGGGGGGACACCUGCUGGCCAUCAACCUGGCACUGAGCGCCGUCAACCUGGCCGAGUGUGCCGGCGACGCCGUCUCCGUGGCUGCCCUGGCUGAGAUCUACGUGGCGGCUGCCCUGCGGAUCAAGGCCAGCCUGCACCGCUGCUUCCACUUCCUGGCUCGCCCCUUCCUCUGCAGCGCCCGGCGUGUGGCCCUGUCCCAUGGCGGGGCUGUGCCCCCCGCCAUGCAGUGGCUCUGCCACCCCUUGGGCCACCGCUUCUUCGUGGAUGGGGACUGGGCUGUCAAGGGCGUCCCGAGGGAGACCAUCUACAGCUCUGCCGGCAACCCAGUGGACCCAAUGGCGCAGGUGACCCAGCUCUUUCGUGAGCACCUCCUGGAGAAGGCUCUGUGCUGUGUGGCCAUGCCGGAGCCCGGCCGUCCCACUGCCCAGGGAGAGGGGCGCUUCUCCGAUGCACUUGAGUAUCUCCAGCUGCUCAACGGCUGCUCCGAUGUCAGCGGUGAGCCUGGUCCCGCGCCCUCAAUCAGCUCCGGCUUGGCAGGUGUCACAGGCACCGACCCCGUGUCCAAAUGGUGGGCAUCCAUCAUUGGCACCGUUAUUCACUGGCUACGCGGAGAUGAGGAGGGAGCCGAGCGCCUCUAUCCGCUGGUGGAGACCAUGCCCCGGGUGCUGCAGAGCUCUGAGAAGCCCCUGCCCCGCGCUGCCCUGCACGCCUUCCGUGCCGUCCGGGCCAUGCUGAGCAAGCAGGAUGGGAGCCAGGCCAGCCUGAGCCACUGCGAGAAGGCCAGCAGCUGCCUGCGGGAGAGCCUGGAGCUCGGCAGCCCGCCCAAGGGCACCAUCGACAAGGUGGUCCAGCUCCUGCUGUGUGACCUGCUCCUGGUCACCCGCACCAACCUGUGGCAGCAGCAGAUGGGUGCCAGUCAGCAGCGCAGCUGCCUCUACCAGGCGUCCGCCCUCGAGCUCCGCGGCUUCCAGCAGGACCUCAGCAGCCUGCGGCGCCUGGCCCAGACCCUGCGCCCCGCCAUGCGCCGGGUGUUCCUGCAUGAAGCCACUGCCAGGCUCAUGGCCCGGGCCAGCCCCACAAGGACUCACCAGCUGCUGGACCGCAGCCUGCGCAGGAGAGGGGUGCAGGGCAGCAAAACAGCCGGUGCACCCGAGAGCCACCCCACGCCGCGGGAGCACGCCGAGGCCCUGCUCCUGGCCUGCUGCCACCUCCCCCCUGGCUUCCUCUCGGGGCCGGGCCAGCGCAUGGGCAUGUUGGCCGAGGCCGCCCGCACCCUGGAGAAGCUGGGGGACAAGCGGACGCUGCACGACUGCCAGCAGAUGAUCAUCAAGUUGGGCAGCGGCACCACCGUCACAUCGGGCUAGCUGGGGAGGGAGGGGGCACGCUGCCAGAUCCCCUGGCCAGCCCCUCCCUGGUUCUGGGAUGUGGGGAGUGGGAGUGGCGGAGAGGAGCGUGCCUCAGUUUCCCCCAGGAGGGGAGCCCCUUCUGCGGGAUGGUGUUUGGGGAGCAGUUUUUAAGGUAAGGGGGUGGGCGGUUGGGGCUGGGUAGGGGGAUGCCCAGUGACACCGGUGGCAGGUGUGGGGACUCCUGGGGUGGGACAGGAGACAGCCAUGUGUGUGGCACCCCGGGUGGGCUCAGCCACCCCCUGGCUCAGUCCCUGUCCCCAGCCUGCUUUGGUGAUGGGACGUGGGGACCUCUAGUGACACUGUCGCAGUAUUGCAUGGCGCUGGGAUUCUUGGCCAGCCUGGCCCCAGUGCCAUCCAGUGCCCCCAGUUCCCUGGCACAGGGUAGAAUCCUGUCCUCACCCCCCUCUCCUGGUGUCCCUGUCCAGUCCCCCGUGGGUCCCAUUGCCACAGGGUGGGUUGGGGUGCCUUGGCAUUGUCCCCAUUGCAGGGGGAGGAGGUUUGUCUCCAUGGUGGUGGCCAAGGGCCCUCAUUCCCACUGUGUCGCCCCUGCCCUGUCCUUCCCCCUCCCCAGCACUGACCAGUAUCCCCAGUUAGGCGCUGCCACCUCCCCCAGGCACGGCCAGCCCUGAGCGCUUUUGGAGAAGGGAUGGCAGGUGACACAGGGCUUCCGGGGGGCUGGUAGGUGUCCCUGUCCCUUUGCUGCACCCCCUCUUCUUUGUACAUAGCCCCUCACCCUACCCUAUCCCACCCGCCUUGCCUUUUUAAACAGUAUUUUCAUAGUUGGAGAGUUUUGUACAGACAAUUAAAGCUGAUUAUUUAUA